CUUGCAGACGUGUGACAUGCGUCUGACUCUGACCGUGUGUGUUCUGUGUUUUGUGUAGUUUUUCACGACUGUUUGAGUUGACAGAUAAUUUUUGAAUGUAAAACAGUGUUAACAAAAACAAUCACAAAAAUGAGUAAUUCAGGGGCAAUUUCGGAUCAGUCACUUAUGGACAAGUCCAUGCGAAGUGUUUUCGUCGGGAAUAUCCCGUACGAAGCGACCGAAGAAAACCUCAAGGAUAUUUUUAGCGAGGUUGGGCCUGUCUUGUCUUUCAAAUUGGUCUUCGAUCGAGAAACUGGAAAGCCUAAAGGGUAUGGGUUUUGCGAAUACAAGGACCAGGAAACCGCCCUGAGUGCUAUGCGAAAUUUGAAUGGCUACGAAAUCGGUGGAAGAACCCUUCGAGUUGACAAUGCCUGCACAGAAAAGUCUCGAAUGGAAAUGCAGAGUCUUCUUCAGGGACAAAACACAGAAAAUCCCUAUGGGGAAGCAGUUCAGUCAGACAAAGCUCCAGAGGCGAUAAGUAAAGCGGUAGCAUCCCUUCCUCCAGAACAAAUGUUCGAGCUUAUGAAGCAGAUGAAACUCUGUGUGCAGAAUAAUCCCGUUGAAGCUCGGCAGAUGUUACUGCAAAAUCCACAGCUCGCUUACGCUUUACUUCAGGCACAAGUGGUCAUGAGGAUAGUAGAUCCUCAAACUGCAGUUAGCAUGUUACACAAAGCCAAUCCUAUUCCUGGAGUUAAUUUACCUUCGGACAAACCUACAGUGCACGCGAUACCACCUAGGAUUGAAGAACCCUGGGCUCCAUCGAGACCAGCGCCAGCGUCUAAUCCACCUGCUCCUAUUUUUGCUAGUGGUCAAGAUGUAGAUCUUAGGACUUUAGACAGACAAAUUGAUCCACGAAUGGCGAGAAUGGAUCAAGAUUUGCGAGGUCCGCCGCCUGUCCAGGUUGUAAAUCCGACGCCUGUUGCUCCCCCAACUGAUUCAAGGGCACCAGCACCCUUUAGCAUGCCAGAAACCGUUCUUCCUAUGGAAGGAUUGGACAGCUUUGCAAGAGAUCCAAGGGCGGAUAGAUUUGGAAGAGACCCACGAGAUCCUCGAGACGCUCGUAUGCCUGCAGAUCCUAGAAUGGUGAAGCCUGUUCCUGCUCCAGCGCCCGUUGCACCUCCACGGCCAGUGGGUGCGCCUGCAGGACCACCGCCUUCUGUUAAUUCGGUAAAUUCUGUAGUACCUCCUAUUCCUCUUUCCACAACCAGCAACAGCAACAGCAGUGCCACUUCCAGACUUAUGGCAGGAAUGUCGCCAGCAGGAAAUAUUCCCAGCGGUGCAUCGGAUCAGGAGAAGGCUGCAUUGAUAAUGCAAGUUCUUCAACUGUCGGACGAGCAGAUUGCUAUGCUUCCACCAGAACAACGCCAAUCUAUUUUAGUCCUUAAAGAACAAAUAGCUAAAAGUACGCAGCGAUAAACACUAGCUGCUGAAAAUAAUGUCGGAUAAAAAUAAAUGUCGGUAGGUUUAAAGUUAAACAGUAAUUAAAUGAAGCUUUGUAACACAACUUUGUUCUUUGUCUACUGUAUAAUAAACAAUACUAAACUAAA